UUCAUAUUUUCAGGUCUUUCCUGCUCUCCUGGCGGCCCGAGAAAGCAGGAACUGUAGGCCAAAGGUGUUGGAGGCGGGGUGUGCCCAGACCAGCCCCAGAGCCUGGGCAGCCCUGCUGUGGCAGUCAUGGCGCUCGGCCGGAGGCAGCCUCACCCCCGGCCUCUGCUCCUCCUGGUGCUGCUGUGGCUCCCCCAAAGCCUGAGUCUGGAGCUGAUCCCCUACAAGCCGCAGAUAACAGCCUGGGACCUGGGAGGGAAGGUUACGGCCACCACCUUCUCUCUGGAGCAGCCUCGGUGCGUCUUUGAUGGACACGCCUUGGCCAACGACACCAUCUGGCUGGUGGUGGCUUUCAGCAAUGCCUCCAGGGACUUCCAGAACCCACAGACCCCUGCUAAGAUCCCGACCUUCCCCCAGCUGCUGACUGAGGGCCACUAUAUGACAUUACCCCUGUCCCCGGACCAGCUGCCCUGUGAGGACCUGGCGGGCGGCAGCGGCGGUGUCCCCGUGCUUCGGGUGGGCAAUGACUUUGGCUGUCACCAGCAACUUUACUGCAAUGCUCCCCUCCCCAGCCAAGGGCCUUACAGUGUGAAGUUCCUUGUGAUGGAUGCAAGUGGCUCACCCAAGGCUGAGACAAAGUGGUCCAAUCCCAUUUAUCUCCAUCAAGGCAAGGCCCCCAGCUCCAUUGACACGUGGCCCGGUCGGCGGAGCGGCUGUAUGAUUGUCAUCACUUCCAUCCUCUCUGCGUUGGCCGGCCUCUUGCUCCUGGCUUUCCUGGCAGCCUCCACUAUUCGACUCUCCAGCCUAUGGUGGGCCGAGGAAGCCCCUGAGCAUCUGCGGAUUGGCUCCUUCACGGGAAAACGUUACAUGACUCACCAUAUCCCCCCCAGCGAGGCCGCCACACUGCCCGUGGGCUGUGAGCCUGGCCUGGACCCCCUUCCCAGGCUCAGCCCAUAGCCUGGUCUCUGCAGCUUGGGCUACAGUGAGGGGCAGAGAGCAGGCACACAGGCCUUGUGUGGUGGUGGUGGUGGUGUGCGUGUCUUGCGUCUUCUCAGCCCCUUAUCUCUUCCCGGCUGUUUUAGCUUCUGCUUCUGUCUGUAAGGGCAUAUGGAGAUGGUCAAUGUCAGCCAGGGUUUUACUUAGCCUCCUUCAUAUAAGACUGGAGGAAGGCCAGGCUGGGGUGGUACACACCUCUAAUUCCAGCAGUUGGGAGGCAGAGGAGGACAGAUCUCUGUGAGUUUGAGGCCCGCCUUAUCUACAAAGUGAGUCCAGAACAGCCAAGGCUACACAGAGAAACCCUGUCCCAAAAAACAAUUACAGGCUGGAGGAGGUGGACAACCAUCCUGACUUUGACCCAGAGGACCCAGGAGGAGGGAAGUGUGAUAGCCCAAGGUUGUGAUUCUCAUCCUUAGGACGUAGAAAAGUCAUGUGCUCCAGGCUAGCCUGGGCGAUAUAGCAGGAGCCUCUCUCAAAAAACAAACAGAAAACCCCAAACCAAUGAAACAACACAAAGCAAAAAAUGAACAACCUCGGACAAUGCCCGGCUCUGCUACAGUGAGGAGGUUGGGCUGGACCCAUGGUGUGACAGCCGGGAACCUCCAUCUUUCUAAGGAUGGGCCUCAGCAGCGUGAAGGCUGGAGAAGGUAAAUGGCUACGAACGACAGCUCGGCUACCUUUCCCAGACCCUCCACACAGAGGGAUGGUUCACACGCUUACCUGCUCACGCCGCAUCAUGUACUGCGUACCUGCCAUUAUGUGCCCCACGAGACAACGCUGACGCGACUUUAACUACAUGGCAGCAGGGCCCGCGCAUGCGCUUCUGUCUACCACCGCUCCUUGGCGGGUUUUUUUGUUUUGUCUUUUUUUUUUUUUUUUUUUUUGCGCUGCCCUUUCAGGGGUCAGGCGUGGGGGAAUGUAUUCCUGACCUCAGCCAGGCCAAGCUCUCAGAGUUACCAAGUUGUCUUUGAUGGCGACACCUGAGGCUCAUCGACCUGUUCGCCCAUGUCCUGUUACCCUAGCCCAUGCCCCCCUGUGUGAUCAAGCUCUUAGGAAGUUAAUAAAUGUCACUGUGGCAGGAGUGUUACUCA